CGGCCAAUGGGCUAUUGGCUGCGCGGUGCGUUUUGCGCACGCGCAGCAGUUUUGAAUCCUCCUUCGCCUCUGCUGUUUAUUUAGGGCCGAGUCUCGGCGCAGGUCCGGCGGCUCCUGGGCCGCCCCCGGCCCCGGCUUGCCCUCGGCCUGCGAGGUUUAUUUUUUUGGCCCUCCUGGAACCUUGGCCUGCGGGGUCUUCCCUCUCAGGCCUCUGUCGGGCAUCGUGGGCCAGAAACAUGGCCUCCUUCCAUCUGGAUCAUCUAAAAAAUUACCACAGAAGAUUUUGCCGGCCUUCCAGAGCGCCCAGCAUUCAAGCAAAGCAAGGCCAGAAUGUGCUGGAUAUCUUACAAGACUGUUUUGAAGAACAAAAUUCUACAGAGUCUUUGCGUUGUUCCACGCCUAAUGUGGAACAUAAUCAUAACCAAUCAGCGGGCAAAGAGAACCAGGCAUCACGUUCAAAAUCAGUUCCGGUUUCUUCAAGGAGCAGAGAAGCUGUUCUGCAAGUUGCUGCAGAACUGAGUGAAGCUGCUCAUGGAUCAGUUCAAGCUAAUGAAGUUCAUCAGAAAAUUCUGGCUACUGAUGUUUCUAAAAGUACAGUGGACUCAAACAACCUGUCAAGUAAAAAAACAAAUGUUCACCACAGUGCCACCAAUGAUGACUUUGUCUUAUCUGGUGGCUCCCCUGUGGUUCUUUUGGGUGCAAAAACGUUUGAAUUGCAGAAUGUUAUUUCAUCUCUUGGCCAAAAGAGAAUGGCUUCCGUCUUAAGAAAUUCAGGAGAUACACAGUCUUCAAAUACAGACAUUUCUCUUAAAACCAGGAAAAGGUUAAACUUUGAAGAUAAAAGUAUUUUGAACAAAGCAGAAAUAGAAAACAGUGUAUUAGAAGAAGAUAGCACAUCAGAAGUACAAGAAGGGACAGCAUCAAAAACGUCUCAGAGAAGAGGACAAGAUCUGAGCUAUGAAAUCCAACCACGAUCUAAGAAGAGUUUUUCAGCAUUGUAUUUAGAAACUGUCAAGAGGAAAAGUGAAUCUAGUUCCAUUGUUAGGCAUACAACAGCAGUUCGACCUCUUUCAUGUCCUCCAAAUGACAUGAAAUUAUUAGAAGAUGAAUUUAUUAUUGAUGAGUCAGAUAGAAGUUUUACAAAUCAACCUUGGGUGACAAUACCAAGAAAAGGCAGACAUCUGAGACACCACUCGCCAUCUCCUAAAAACAUUGUAACUCCUAAAGAUAAGAACUCAAGAGAAAACCCUCAUAGUGUGUCAGCUAAGUCUUUGAUAAGUGGCUCACAGUCUCAUAAAGCUCCCCCAAUACAGAAAUCUCAGCCUUCUGUUGAAAAUCUCCUGGGGAUUAGUUGUACAGAUGAAUUGGAAAAUGACUGUCGAUCUACAGAAAAUAAAAUGCCUUCUGAGAAUGCCAAAAAACCAUCUGGAAGCAGAAGGACUGUAAGACAGCAGCAGAGAAGAACAUCAAAGCCUGCAGUGGUUGAAGAGCAGCUGGAUGCUCAACAGGCUAAAAAGGGGAAGAGGAACGCACCAAACAUUGGCCAAGGCAAGUUACAAGUAAAUUCAAAAGAAAAUAUGGAAGACUGUGAAGAGGCAAGAGAUGAGCCUGUUCCCAAGAAACAGAUGCCGCCUGUUGAAAACAAGGAGAAAAAGAAUAGCACCCAAAAAGAUAAGGAAAAAUCCAGAGAGAAAAGUUUUUCUGGUGGGUCUAAGGACAAAUUUGUGCCUGACGGAGUGUCACUGAGUGUCAGGAGAAGUUGUAGAAUUUCUCACCAUCCAUCUGAUUGGUGGCUGGUAAAACCAGAGAAAGGUUCUGGUAAUAGAAGUCCUUCAAGAGAAAAUGAGUUGUCAGGGGUGUGUCACAGUAGAAGAAAACGGGCUAAGAGAAAUCAAUUACCUGAGAAUCCCGGGAAAAAACCUUUUCCAUCAAAAAGACAGAAGACAGAGAGCAACUCGAGAGUACAGAAGUCUUUAAAUGUUAAGCGUUCUAGAGGAAGUGUUAGUCAUGAUGAAAUCUCUGGUUCCCAGAGUGAGCCAUUGGAAAACAACGAGGUAGACCCAACUCAGACGAAAAGUCUGGAUAUUUCUGGACCUAUACGACGCUCUAAGAGUCAAAACAGUAUUAUGACUUCACAAAAUGUUCAUUUAAAGUCUCAUACUGAGAAAUAUACAAGUAAGAUGCCAAUAGAGUCUAAUUCGGAUUCAGGCGAGCCUAAAAAUUUGAUUUGGGAAGAAAGUGGACCUUCCAGGUUCAAGGAUCAUUUAAUGUCUGGAAGCAAUAAUUCUGACAUGGGUGAAGAAAAGGAUCAGGAGAGUUUGGAUUUAAGAAUAAGAAGUUCUAAUGUGCCACCAGAUAGGAAUAUACAUCACAAAUUCGUCCUGCCCUCCAACUCACCAAAUGUUCGUAGAACAAAGAGAAUACGUUUGAAACCUCUGGAAUAUUGGCGAGGGGAACGGAUAGAUUAUCAACAAAGGCCAUCAGGAAGGAUUGUCAUUGGAAUAGUAUCCCCACCUCCAGUAUCACCCAGAGGAAAGUCGAAAAGAAACCUGGCCAAAGUCAACAAAAAAGCUAGCGGGAAAUGGAUCCGUCGUGACAGCUAUGAAAAGGAUAGGUUAGUACUGAAUCUGGAUAUAACUCUAGGAGAUCCCUUUCAGGCAACGUUGGCAAAGGACCCAGAAACAAGAGAGAUUGUCCCUAUGGAUCUUAUAAGACCACAAGAUACCUACCAAUUUUUUGUAGAGCAAAAUGGUUUGAAAGUUUUUAAAACACUGGAUACAGCGUUUUUUUCUACUGGAAAAUUGGUUUUAGGACCCCAUGAAGAAAAAGGAAAGCAACAUGUUGGCCAAGAUAUAUUGGUGAGUAUAUUUCUCCAUUUAUUUCUGUUUUUUUAGAAGUACAGCUGAUUUUUUUCCUCUGAUGAUGCAUUAAAAUUCUAUUUAGUUAGUAGUGAAAUCCCAUUGUUAAACUGCAUAGAGAAAUCUUUUCCUUUAUUCAAUCUAUUGUGGUUAGCCAGUCAGUAAUUACUUAAAAUACCUGUACUGUGCAUAGCACAGCCUUGAGCUUCAGUGAUUUAAGGUGUGAUUGUUUUUUAAGAGAAUCUUUGGAUACAGAUUUGCAAAUAAAUAGAAUUUUAGAGCUGGUGGGGAUUAUAGAGAUUAAGUCUUGUGAAUUUUUAUAAUCAUCUGGUUGAGAAUCAAGAACUUAAAAAUGACUUAGCUGGUUAAGAGUUCCCUGGAGACAAAGGGCUAGCCGCAUCACUCAGUACCAAUAGGCUAUUAUACUUAACAGGGUCUGAAGUUAAAAUGAGUUUUAUGAUGAGUUAUUUUAUCUUCCUUUCUUCCUCUCUCCCUUCUUCCUUCCUUCCUCUCCCUUUGGCUCAGUAUCUGCUGUGCAUAUGUUCGUGAGUUCAGAUUUCAUUCUAAACAUGAUAAGUAUAGAACCUAUGAAGUAUAUUUUAAAGAUAUUUUAUAUUAUGCCAUCAUUUUAGCAACAUUAUAAAUAAGGGACAUUGCAAGAAUAAUUCAUUGUUGCAUCAUAAUAACUAGAAUCAAUUAAAAUAAUUUGAAUCUUAAUAUUCUAUAGCUUUCCAGGUAGGGUUGUGUGUGCAUAUGUAUGUGUGGUAUAUGCACACAUCCAGCAGGUGCAGAGACCAGAUAGUGGCCUGCUCAAUUACUCUCUCCACUUUAUUCCUGUGAGACAGGUCCUCACUGAACAUGAAGUUAGGUUGACAAACUGCAAGCCCAGCAAUUCUCCUACCUCUGUACCUCCAUCUUUCUCCCUCCCCUGUACUGGUAGGGUUCCAGGUACAUAUGCCACAGCCAACUUUUGACAUAGGUGCUGCUGUCUGUUCAUGGUUGUGCAACAAGUGUCUUUCCCAUUGAGGCAUUUCUCGAACUCCUGUUCCAUGAUUCUUAAUGACUUAUUUAAUGCAGUGGAUAAAACAGUGACUCAUGAUGAAGACAUUUUAUGUCAUCACGGACCUAAUAGUAGUUACCUGUUCAGUUGUAAUGCCUUUACAUAAAAGGAAAUUUAAAUGACAAAUAUUUGAAAUAUUUAACCUGGUUAGUAUUCAAAGGGAUCCACAUUUUAAAACAAGUGACACUAUAAUGAAUUAAUAGAAUUUAUUAUAUUAGAAUACAAAAUGAUUAUUUACACUUAUUUGUAAUAUUGCUUAUAAUUGGAAAAUUUGGAAAAGAAGAACAUACUACAGAGAGAAAAUGGCUAUAUUUUAUUUUGGCUUAAUAACAUAAGCCACUAUGUGGCAAAAUAAAGUUAUAUAACUUCAAAUGUAAUCUAAGAGGUAUCUGUACAUUUAAAAACUAUCUCAAACAUAUCUUUAAUACUAGCCACAUGAGAAAUUCUUUGGGCUAAAGUUCUAAAGCAAAUUUUUAAGACAAAAUAUACAUACACACACACAUAUAACUUUCUUUCUGUUUGCUUUACUGUGUGUCAGGAAUGGAACUUCAGGGUUUGGUAUGUACUAGACAAGUUUCUUCCACUGGGCUGCAUCUUUAGCCCCUGAUUAGAAUUUGAAAGUGUAAAUGGCAAGAAAAUAGGAAAAAAUGUGUUACUAUGUGAUCGAUUAUUUGCUUUGAGUACUAA